AUGAUCUUGGAGGCUUCUGCCAUAGUGCAGUGGCCGUCUUCCGUCUUUCAUUUCUUUCAUGCUAGUGUGGGCCACGGCCAAGGAGCCUCUUCCACACUAGCUUCGUACACCAUGCAUGCUGCUGCCAUGAACUUGGUGGUGGAAAAGGACAAUCUUGAAACCAGCUUAUCCCAAUUUCAGACUGUGCUCCUCUUGGCUUCAUGCACUGUGACGCUUCUCUCAGCAUUGUACCGGUUUAUGCUGGAGCGGUGUGAUUCUGGAAGGGCCGGAGGGUGGACUGCCCCGAACGAAGCAGUCUCUCCUCUCUCUCCAGACUCAGACUUCCAACUUAGCAGGCUGCGCCGUGAGAGCCGUGAGCAGUCAGUGCAUUCAGACAAGGCCAAGCACGUGAGCCUUACAGGCCAGAGAGGCCUGUUGGCUUGGUGGACUUGGUGGGUGGACUCGGCAGCCCCUGAUGACCUCAGCACACCGAACACAGAGUUUGAAAACCCCCAGCGCAAGCCUCCGGACUCUUCGCAGUCUGCGUCCCAUCGCCAGAAGAAGAAGGUGGUGGCAGCUCAGAGGUUGCGCCGGCUUGAAGCACUGAGCGAGGAAGCCGGCGAAGCCACGUGCAAAGCAGGUUCGGAGGCGCUCAGCGAGGAAGCCGGCGAAGCCACAUGCAAAGCAGGUUCGGAAGGCAGGCAGGAUGGGAAGGAUGUGCAGGAUGCGCAGGGAGCCAGGGACUCCGUGGAGAACUUGCCGCAGGUUGUGCCAUUUCAGAAGAGGUGCCGGGAUCAAGAGCCCGGUUUCGAAGUGCCGCAGGCUCCAAGCCAGCCGCAGGUGCUGCCCUUCCAAAGGCGCGAUCUUGAGGAGCCUGGUGAGUGGACUUCCCCAGAACUGCCGGAUGUCCUGCCGUUUCAGAAGAAGAGCGGCCCUGAGCACCCGGAGCCGCCAGCGGGCAUUCCGCCAAUGCCAUUCCAGAGGAAGCGUGGCGAGGAGGAGAAGGUGAAGAAGGUCGAGAACCUUGGCCAUCUUGGCGGGGAUCUGCAGGAGCGGCUCACGGCGCCAGAGCCAAGAGCAUGGCCACUGCCGUUCACUGGGAAGUACCCACACCCGCUCGCCGAGGAAGUCCCGUCGCUGUCUGGGUUGCCCGUGCCUCUCAUGGCAACUUUCAGGGAUCCUCGCCGGCUCGCAACCAGCGCGGAUACACAGCAUCCACAGCAUCUCUCGGGCCUGUCCCAAGAUGGACGCAAGGACUCUGUGAAGGAUUGGGACUUGGAUCUGCUUCAAAGGCGCACUCUGGGAGAGCGACCCCCAAAUCCCCAAACCUCUGCUCCCUUGGCCUGGGACCCCAUGGGUCUGAACGAGAAUGUGCCGGCGUCCGCAUUGUGCGCCUCUUUGCGCCUCGCAGCCCUAUUGCCAGUGCCAAUGCCUCCGACUCCGUGUCCUCCUCCUGGGCUUCCACCUCCUCCUCCACCAGCACGUUCAACCUUGGAGGGCGACAACAUCCGGCCACCACUGAUGCGGCACCUGCGAGAGAGCCUGAGGGAAAGUAACAUUCCCUCAGAGCUCAGCGAGAGCAACCCGCUGGUGAUACCUAGCAUCGGAAGUUUUGGGCAUCCCGACAUGUGCUACCGGCCCUGCGUGUACCUUGAGAAGGGAAGCUGCAAGCGCGAGGCCUUCUGCACGCACUGCCACUUCGACCAUGAGAAGACAUGCAAGCUCGCUAAGAACCAAAAGAAGUUCAUUGAGACCCAGCUGGACGAGGUGUCUUUGCUGGCGGGGCUGUUGCCCUGCAUCCACGCAAAGGCUAUUGAACGUGGCCUACAGCGGGAGGUGACGAACUUGUGUACUUUGAUACGGCGCCGGGUGGAAUUUCUCAGCAGCUACCUCAGUGUGCGGGUGGUUCCUGUGGAGCUGGCGCGCUCGAUGCAGCGGCUCUCAUUGCACACACUUCUUGGGAUUCUCAUCCGAAGAUCGGACUUUGAUCCUGAGUUCAUGGAUGACCUGACCGUUGCCGUGGCACAGUUCCGGGCGGCGAUUCCGACUUCGCUGCGCUCCAUCCGCGACAGCACCCCAGAAGGCGUGCCGGUGAGUACGUUGCCGGUCGCAUUGCAAUGA